AUGUAUGUGAAAUGGUUUGAUACAGUAAUGUUUUACUAGUGAAUGUCACUUUUUGUCAUUUUCAAAUUUCCCGCCGUUCCGUCCCCGUACGUCCCAACGCUCGCAGGGGACGGAACCCAGAAGACAGAUGCCGGCAUCCGCCGGAUUACAUUGCCAGGGACACUGCAGGAGGGACAUCGUGGGAGCGCAGGACAAGGUAAGUGAUCGAGGGAUCACGGAGCAGCGCCGCAUGGUAUUCCUGAGUGUAGCUCGGGUUACCGCUUGUGCUACACUCGGGAAUACCGCCAGGGAGGCU